AUGAAACUUUUAUUGCUAACGUUGGCUGCCCUCCUGCUCUUGUUCCAGGUUGUUCCAGGCGGCUCCAGAAAAUGCUGGAGUCAGCGUGGCACCUGCCGUGAGAAAUGUGUCAAGAAUGAAAUCGCCUAUAUUUUCUGUGGGAAUGAAAAGCUUUGCUGCGUGAAGCCCAAGCACCAGCCAGAUCUGCACUGA